AUGGAGCCUGAGCUGAACUGCAGCUCCCACUGUGAUUCCCCACUUUGUUUCAUCCACUCAGGAGUCGACAGGCAGGAGGGCCUCGACAUUCUGCAGAGACUAUGCUUCCUCAGCACGAUGGCAGUGGAGCUGCCGAGGCGGUCCCUCUCCCCGGUGCUGAGUGCUGUGGUGUGGACACUGCUGUCCUGUGGCAUCCUGCUGGCUCUCUGCUUCCUCUUCUUCACCCUGCGCUUCAAAAACAACAGAAUAGUGAAGAUGUCCAGUCCAAAUCUGAAUGUCCUGACUCUCUUUGGAAGCCUCCUCACUUAUAGCAGUGGCUUCCUAUUUGCCGUUGAUGAACAAACACACUCACAAGGUGGCCCAUCCACAGCUGUGCUACAGGCUCGAAUGUGGACUCUUUGUGUCGGCAGUACCCUGGUGUUUGGCCCGAUUUUGGGGAAGACAUGGAGACUGUACAGAGUGUUCACCCAGCGGGUGCCGGACAAGAGAGUGAUCAUCCGAGACAUCCAGCUGAUGGGCAUGGUGGCUUUGUUGAUCCUGGUGGACAUGCUGGUUCUCACCACCUGGAACCUCACAGACCCCAUCAGGUGUUCACGAUCUGUCAGAGCUGUUGUCAAGUUGGUGGAGAGAGACAUUUCCUACUCUUUGUCUCGUCUGGACUCUUGUUCUUCUGCAUACUCAGAUCUGUGGGCUAUCAUUAUUGCAGUUCAAAAGGGUUCUCUUCUCCUCUAUGGCACUUACCUGGCUGGGUUGACCAGCAACGUCAGCCACCCCCCAGUCAACCAGUCUCCCACCAUCAUAACAGCCGUUACUUUGGUCACCCUCUCCUCAGCUGUGGUCGUCCCCGUGUCCGUCUUCCUGCAGGCCUGGCCCAACCUGGUCUACAGCGCUGUGGCUGGAGCCAUCUUCAUCUGCACACUGGCUACUAACUGCAUGCUGUUUGUGCCUCAGUUGACCCAGUGGCGGCAAUUUGAAGAGGAUCAGAACAACCCGGGUCAGAUGGCCAAGUACUUCAGCAGCCCCAGUAAGAGCCAAGCGUCUGUGUACAGUCAGGAUGAGAUCUACUACCUGCUGGGGGAGAACACCUCCAUGAAAAAACUCCUUAGUGAGAAAAACGCUGUGAUUGACAGUCUGCAGGAGCAGGUGAAUAACGCCAAGGAUAAACUCCUGCGACUCAUGUCAGCCAGCCAGCCCUGCAAUGACCAGGACAUGGAUUCCUCUGCCACCAACCUCAACUCCUCCUCCACUCAGACCACAGAGCUUCAGUCAGACGGCCCCUCUUCUUCUUCUCUACCUCAGAGAGACACUAAAUCUCAACUCUCACCCCCUCACCUCACUGCUGCUGCCGUUACACCAUCUUCAGAGCUUCCCACUGCUCCAAACACCUCAAACCCCAUUAGUGCUUCCUCCCCUCUCGCUGAUGAAAAUGAAAAGAGUGUCUCUAUCUCUGGCCCUAUGGACAAAGACACAGCUGAAUCCAGAACAGAUGAGGAUCUCAAACAGCCUGUGUCCCUCCCGUCCUCUGGAUUACUCAGGACGGCAGAGGAGACUGUUAACUUUGUCACUUCCCUACAAUGCCGUAGAAAACCCUUACAGGUUGAAACCUUUGGCAGUCGCAGUGGCCUAACAUCUCCGCUGGGAGCAAAUGCCAGACCGACUGGUUUUGUCAGCAGCGAGCAGUUGCAGGAGAUCCUCCAGGAGCUGAGCUUGGAUGCAGUCGUGGAAAGCGCACUUCGAUCUCCGGGUCAAACCGCCAGGAUGCCCUCCGCACUCUCCCCUCUCUCCCUGCGGAUGCCACGCUCCCCUUAUCCACCCGUUCUCUUCCGUUACCCGAGCAUUUCGCCUUACGCAAUGAGGAAACGACGGCCGCCCUUCAACUCAUCAAGAAGAGGUUUGACUCCCUGCGUCUACACAGGCUGUGGGAAGAUAAGGGAAAACUGUGAACACCAAAAUCCAGGCAGGCACCAUGAUGGGGUCACCGUGGAUGGUAAUCUCCUCCGGGUUGACAACAGUGAACUUGAGCUAGAGGAAGACGAGGAGGAGGAGGAAGCAGAAAGGCAGGGCGUGAUAAGAAAACGUCGUAGGUGUGUUUCAAAGUCUCACAGAUGUUCUGCGCUGCGCUGUGCAGAACACGAUCACACGGCUCGACCUGAUAUGGAAGCUGGUGGUGAUAAUGAGCAGCACCACAGACACAUUCGAGACUCCUGUGGGUACUGGGACUCAGACUCCAGCAGCUCAACAGACUACUGUUACUACCACCGUCCAUACUGUGACUCCUGCCUGCAGCGGGGCUCGCUCCUGUCCUCCUCCUCAGACUCCUCCGACAGCGAGUACGAAGGCUUCACCAGCCUCUACCGCUCCCCACGCCCUGUGGUGUUCAAAGAAGACCUCAAACCCACCUUUGUAUGAACACACAUUUACUGCACUUUACGGGUUCAUCCAUUUCCACCACUUGAAUUCAUGUCCUAAAAACAUGAAUAUUAGCUUUGAGUAUAGACAAAUUUCAGUGUGCACAAAGCUAAUGUGCAUCUGUUAUGGGAGAUACUUUGACUGUAGCUUUCAAUAGGAAUGUGUUUUGCAUUCUGUAUGAAGAGAGGGCUGAUAUUCUUGAAUCUUGCAUCGUGGGACAGAGAGUAUUAGAUUCGUGAAAUCUUUUUGUAGCUCAAAAGCACACAAUGUUGUUUACUUUUAUUAUUACUUAUGGCUUUAUUUGUACAUUUCUGCUGUCAGAUGAAAACCCUUACAUUCCAAACAUG